AUUCCUUUGCUUCGUCGGUUUUUAGGCUUGUUUUGUUUUGGUCCAAGGGUUGGAAAGUGAGAGGGGAGAGAGAGGGGGACGAUCUUAGGGACGCCAUCGCCAAAUCGCCAUGGCAGCAGCGAGCUUGGCUCCGGCGGCGGCGGCAGCGGCGCUGCUCUCCUCCAAAUCCGCCUCAUUGCGCCUCUACAGCGCCAAGCCGUGCCUCUCCUUCUCCUCCUCCGGCGAUCGGGCGUUUGGCGGAUUAUCGCUCCACCGGAGCCUCUACCUCCAGCAGCCGCUGCUCGCGAAGGAUUCCAGCUCGACCUGGGAGAGCAAGCGUCCCCGCAUCGUCGCUUCCGCUGCCGCUGCCUCGGAUGCCUCCGACUCCGGCGAUGCAAAGAUUGUCGAGGCGUCUGGAUUUGCGGAGAAAUACCCGGCUCUCGUCACUGGAUUCUUCUUCUUUAUGUGGUAUUUUCUCAAUGUGAUCUUCAACAUCCUUAACAAGAAGAUCUACAAUUAUUUUCCUUAUCCAUAUUUUGUGUCAGUGGUCCAUCUUAUCGUUGGUGUUGCUUAUUGCUUGGUCUCCUGGGCCGUGGGAGCUCCAAAACGAGCGCCGAUUGAUGGACAACUUCUGGGAUUGCUGACUCCAGUUUCGUUUUGCCACGCGCUUGGACAUGUCAUGACGAAUGUGUCUUUCGCUGCUGUCGCUGUUUCGUUCACGCACACCAUUAAAGCACUGGAGCCAUUCUUUAGCGCAGCCGCUUCGCAGUUUAUACUGGGGCAGCAAAUUUCUCUGCCGCUUUGGCUCUCUCUCACGCCCGUUGUCCUUGGUGUGUCAAUGGCAUCGCUUACUGAGCUCUCGUUCAACUGGACGGGAUUCGUGAGUGCCAUGAUAUCCAACAUUGCAUUUACGUACAGAAACAUCUACUCGAAGAAAGCCAUGACCGGAAUGGACAGUACAAACGUUUAUGCCUACAUUUCAAUCCUGUCUCUGCUCUUCUGCAUUCCUCCAGCAGUGGUGAUGGAGGGUCCCAAGCUAUUGCAACACGGGUUUGCAGAUGCCAUUGCCAAAGUUGGAAUGGUGAAGUUCCUGAGCGAUCUCUUCUGGGUUGGAAUGUUUUAUCAUCUGUAUAACCAGAUUGCUAACAACACUUUGGAGCGAGUGGCCCCUCUAACGCAUGCUGUCGGCAACGUUCUAAAGAGAGUGUUCGUCAUUGGUUUCUCUAUCGUUAUUUUCGGAAACAAAAUCUCCACCCAAACGGGGAUUGGAACCGGCGUUGCCAUUGCUGGGGUGACUAUAUACUCACUGAUCAAGGCCAAAAUGGAAGAAGAGAAGAGAAAGGGAGCUGCACCCAAGGUAUAAGCCAGCGGAUUUUAUCCACUUACCCAGUUUUGUAUUUAUGCAAAAAUCAAUUAUAAUAAAAUAAUAAAAUGUGUUAAAAAUCAA